AUGGGUUUUGACACCAAAAUCUUGACCGUCAAGCCGGAGAGUGUUCAUUUCGGCAAGAAUGAUGUGAUGCCAACUAUAACUGACAAGCAGACGGAGGAUAAUAUCCGUCUAGCUGCCAACGAGUUGGUCCAUACCACUAAUUGUGUGGGGUUUCCUACUGAGACUGUUUAUGGAUUAGCAGGUUCAGCAUUAAAUGACGACUCUGUAAGAAGCAUUUAUAGAGCCAAAAAUAGACCAGCAGACAACCCCUUGAUUGUGCAUGUUUCAUCUUUGGACCAGUUGAAGCGAAAGCUUUUACCUCGCGACUAUGAGAUUCCUUCAGUAUACCUUAAUUUGAUUGACAAGUUCUGGCCAGGUCCUUUAACGAUUUUGUUGCCUAUUCAUAAAGAUUCGCCUAUUUCCAAGCUUGUCACAGCCAAUCAAAGCACAUUUGCUGUGAGAAUGCCUAAUCAUCCAAUCGCUCGAGCUUUGAUCGCCGUAAGUGACACGCCUCUUGCCGCACCUUCAGCUAAUGCAUCAACCAGGCCAAGUCCUACAUUGGCUCAACAUGUAUUCCACGAUCUCCAGGGUAAGAUCCCGUACAUCUUAGAUGGUGGAGCGUGUGACGUGGGUGUAGAAUCAACGGUUGUAGAUGGACUUGUGUCCCCACCGAUGUUGUUGAGACCUGGUGGAGUUUCCGUAGAAGAGAUCCGAACAGUUGGAGGAGAGCUUUGGGAGAAUGUAAUUCUUUCCAAGAAAACAGCAGGAAAGAAUGAAGCUGUGAGAACUCCUGGCAUGAAAUACAGACACUACUCGCCUACAGCAAAAGUGGUGUUGUUUGUAGACUGUGGAGAUGGGGCCAAGGCUGUCAAUGAUUACAUAGACCAGAACAAUAUUGAUCCAGUUCAAAUUAAGAUCGCAUUAUUGAAAUCCAGAACUUUCCAAGACGCCGACAAGAUCAAUUCUAACAUAUAUAUCCAACGAGAAUUGGGAACUACUGGCUCUGAGAUUCUGCACAACUUGUUCAAAGCGUUGAGAGAGAUGGACGAAUAUGGUGUCGACUUGAUUAUGAUUGAAGGAAUUGACGAGAGUAACGAGGGAUUGGCUGUGAUGAACCGAUUGAGCAAAGCAGCUUUGGUGACUGUGAAGGGUGGAGAAAGAGACGAAGGAAAGAAUGGAAACUAA